AUGAAAGUCCUUGGCUAUUCUCGACUUGUGCUAAUCUUGGUAGCCCUUGUAGAAGCUCUUGUUCUUCCUUCCAAGGCUCAAGACAGCUCACAAGACUACGUAAAUGGUCACAACCAGGCACGAGCAGAGGUAGGUGUAGGGCCCAUACAGUGGGACGAGAGGGUUGCAGAAUUCGCUCGGAGCUACGCAAACCAACGAACUGGAGACUGCAAUCUCAUACACUCUGGUGGUCCUUACGGGGAGAACUUGGCCAAGAGUAGCGGAGACUUAUCUGGCAUCAGCGCCGUGAAUCUGUGGGUUGACGAGAAGGCUAACUAUGACUACCCUACGAACACGUGCAACGGAGUGUGUGGUCAUUAUACUCAGGUUGUUUGGAGAAACUCAGUGAGACUUGGAUGUGGCAAAGCGAGGUGUAAUAAUGGUGGAACCAUCAUCGUUUGCAGUUAUGACCCUCCUGGGAAUUAUGAGAACCAAAAGCCUUACUAA